AUGAGUUAUAUAGUUUCACCGGACCGUCCUAAGAAUCAAAAAGAUUCACAAAAUACGAAGCCAAUCAGGGUCAAAACUAAGGUCACACACGCUAACCCACGCCUGUCAACUGAAAUGGGCAGGGCCAUAUUGCAAGGUGUACCGAAGAUGGACCGCCUAAGCGGCCCCUUUGCAGCGACCACCAGGAAAGAGGAAUGUGGGAAGCGAUAUUAUAAGAAAUUCUGGGGAGAAUCGGAUGCAAGAAACAAAUCCAAAUGUAAUGUUCAGGAGACCCAAAACGGUGGACGCGUGUAA